GCCAUGGGAACCAACCAUUGUUAAUGAUAAACGCAGUCAUAGACAUUUAUAACAGAAUAAAGUGAUGGAGAAUUUAGUAGGAAUUUUCGCAAUAUCUGCAUUUGGAAUUGUAACAGCACAGUUCCAAAAUCCAUUUUCUGCAAUGAUGAACACCGGAACCGGAAGCACAAACAAUGCCACCGGAUGCGGAACUAGAAUAAAUUCAUGUGCUCCGUGGUGCAGCAAAAGUCUGGAUGCAAACGGUUGCAUGGUGUGCAGUUGUCAGAACGGAGGUAUGCGACCAAUGGGUGGUAUUAAUCCAAUGAGCGGGGGAAUAAAUCCAAUGAGUGGGGGAAUGAAUCCAAUGAGCGGGGGAAUGAAUCCAAUGGGAAUGAACCCCAUGAAUCAAAUGUCACAGAUGUUUCCUGGUUUAACAGGGGGAAGUUCCCCAAUGACUGGAAAUGUCCAAAAACAAGGACAAACAGCUUGCUCUCCCGCACCAACUACAUGCCCGGUUCCCCAGCCUUGGUGUGAGCGGAUUGCAGACGUAAUGGAUGAAAAGGUCGUAGCAUACGUACAAGGCCUGAAUGGUCAAAAACACAAUCCGUCUUCAGGAAAACAUUGUCCACAAGCACGUCAACUACGAAUUGCACCAAGCAAAUCAACGGUAAACAGUUACCAUGGCGCCCUGAAACCGAACCAAAUAGAAUUCAAGUCUUGCUUGGAGACGUUCUAUUGCACUAUAUGA